UGGGCAUCGCCUCCAGAAGCCAUUGAACGCUUUAAAUCUCAAGAAAUAUGGUUUGCUCCACCCCAGUUCUAUGAAUUGUGUAGGCUGUGCAACUUCUCCUCACUUCAUGAAUUACACAAGUUCAGCUCUGAUCGAGCUCUAGAGGGGUGUGAACAUUGGAUGCCUGUGAUGUUAACUGCUUCAGAUGGCUACAUUCAGCUAUUGCCAGGAGAUGAGUUAUAUCCAGAAGAUCCAGAUUAUACGGGAGAAAAGAAAAUAAUCAUGUCAACAGAUAAGAAGGUUGAAGAUCUCAUGAAAGAGGGUAGUGUAUUUCACAGGAUAGUAAUAAAAAACAUCAACAAUCUUUCUGUCCAGGUUAAUAUUAAAGCAAAAUAUAAACAUAUCAAUCCAUUGGUGAUAAACUCUGAUUGUUCAGAUUGCAGUAGCAGAUUAUAA